AUGUCUAAACGUCGAUUAGGAAAUAAAGAAAAUGAAGAAUGUUUAUCAUCAUUUGGUAAACGUCUUCAAUCAUUAAGUGAUACAUUUUAUUCAACAAUUUUUGAAGAUAGAAAAGAUAAAAAAAUUGAAAUAAAAAAUGCUAAACAAUUAGAAGAUUUGCAAACAUCUGAAUAUGAAGAUUUUACAUUUGAUCAAUAUUCAACUAGUCAAAUAACAUCAAAUGAUGAUUUUAGUUUUACUUUUCAUUCAAUUAAUAAAACAAAAACAGAAAAAUCUCAAAUAUAUCAAACAAAAGAAAUAAAUCGUUCAUCAACUCCAUAUUCAAUUGUUAAAGAAAAUUAUAUAAAAAAAGGUCAAGAUGAAACAAUAAUUGUUGAAGAAAAUAAUCAAAAUCAACCAAUUAUUAUUGGUUAUUAUCCAGUUAUUAGUUAUCAACCAAUUUGUUUUCCACCAACAAUUUAUUUAUCAAACCAACAAAUUCAAACAGAAUUAAACAACUCUUCAACAUUAAAUAAACUAACAUCAAUUAAAAAAAAUUAA